UUUACCUUACAACAACAAUCGAACAAAAAUUAGUCACUAAAUUGAACAAAAACUAUAAAAAACAAAUAAAUUAUACCGAAAAUUGAUAAAAAAAGGGGUUUUGCGAAUAAUAACAACACGAACACCGAAAAUUAUGGACUUUUGCAUGAACUGUCAAAUCAAUCAUAGGCGUCGGUAUAUUUUCCUACACAAUAAUAAUAACCCCAAACACUAAAAAAGUUAAUAAAAUGGGAAAAUUCGCACUUACAAACAUACAAUAAUUGCAAAAAACCUCGUUAGUAUCAAAUAUUCGAUCUGACUUUUUGAGGUUAGGUCACCCAAAACCCGCACUCUGCCCACUUACGUAAUAACAACACAACUGUUGCAAAAGACCACACGAUGGCUUUCAGGGGCGCCGACGCUGCAGGUUUAAUGCAAUUUCUGCGAAGUUGCCGAAAUUUUGAUAAAGUUCUCGAAAAGGUAACGAUCCUCGCUCUUAGCGAUGGCAAGUGCUCCGCGGAAGUCAAAGUGGACGAGAGCCACACGAACCCCAUGGGGGGCUUGCACGGUGGAUUUUCCGCCACGCUAGUUGAUUGUAUUUCCACGUACGCCCUCAUGACGCAAGUGGCGGCCCCCAAUGUGUCCGUGGACAUUCACAUGAGUUAUCUCAAGGGGGCCAAGAUUGGUGACGAGAUUCUAGUCGAUGCUAAUGUGAUUAAAAAGGGGAAAACGCUGGCGUUUCUUGAUGUAGUGAUUAAGAACAAAAGUAAUGGCGACGUGUUGGUGAAAGGGUCACACACGAAGUUUAUAAUGCAAUGACUAGACUGGUUUUAGCUAAUUUAUUUAUUUUUGUAUGAUUUUGUCAUAGUCAAGUGGUGAUAAAGUUUUUCAGGUGUU